AACCCCAAUAUUAAGGCUGUACAUUUUCCUAUUACUGCUACUACACCUGAUGGUAAACCUAAUCUAUUGGUACAAUGCCAGGAUAUUGAGUAUAAGAUUGCUGGUCUCCAUAAACUAUUCCAGGCUACUCUUGCUCGUUCAUUAAGUUGUCAUGGUGCUGUAGCCUUAUGGGAUAGGGAAACACUUGAUGAGAUAUUCUAUGAGCAUGAUACUGUAUUUAAUGGUGAGGAUAUGUAUAUGGGUCUAUCAUUAUUGAGGAAGAGAGAUGACUCUAAGAUUAUAUCAUCAGCUCAGGCUAUUGUACCAACCUAUGCACCUGAUAAUUGGGGUAUGCUAUUUAGACAACGGGUUAAGUCUUGGGAUGUGACAUCUCAUAAAAAGAGUUUUACCUAUAUAUGGGAGAUUAUUAAUCCUAGAGGUUGGUGUCAUCUCGCCAGUUGGGUAUUGAAACCAUACUUCCUACAGGAGUUACUAACGAUCGUAUUAGAUUGGCUACGUAUAUUCCUAUUAUGUGGCCUUAUAAUACGUGAUUGGGUUAGUUUCCUAUUUAUGUUUGUUAUAUUCACAGGCCUUAUAUACGUUAUGGUAGUCCUAUUUGAGAUCGUCAUAUUAAGGGAUCGGCAUGAUCUUCGUUCCUCGUUCUGUGCUUGUAUUACCUUCCCAUGGUAUCGUUUAUCAUCAUUAAUAUUCCGUGUUGGUGCAUUACUACAGAAUCUAUUAGUAUACUCUCAUAUUAGGAAGGGUAUCAAGAUACGUGUACGUGAAGACGAGAUUAGAGAUAUACCACCAUGCCCACCAUCACCAGAUGUUGAUUGGUUUACGGUAUGGACUGGAGAGGUAGUACCUGAGGAUGAACAACAACAACAACAACAACCAGUGGAGUCAAUACCUGAGGAAGAAGAAGAGGAUGAUGAUAGUGGAAGAUCUACUACACCCGUGGACGUAGUAAUCCCACCCCCAGGCCACCAACGGUAGAGUUGUUGUUGAUCCUAUUCCCAACAAUGCCCCCCUUAUACUACUACUACAUCUUGUAGUGGAUAAUGAUCCUAAUAAUACAAAGGUGUGUUAUUAUUAUUAUGAAAAGCAACAGCAACAACAACCACAGCUGUUCCUCCUCCUCCUCAUCGUCGUCGUCUACUAUUGUUAAUAGUUCCUACUACUACUAUCACUAUCGUUACUACUACUAUACUAUUGUGAGUAGGUAGAGAUGAUUAUUCUAGAAGGUAUUUGAGUA